UUGCGAUCGAGCAGUAGACAGCAAACGUUACAAGCGUGAUACAAAAGCUAUUUGUGAUUUUCUCUUACUAGUGUUUGUGAUAAAAUAUCAGAAUGCAGAUCUUCGUGAAGACACUGACUGGUAAAACUAUCACCCUCGAGGUGGAGCCGUCCGACACCAUCGAGAACGUGAAGGCCAAGAUCCAGGACAAAGAGGGCAUCCCUCCCGAUCAGCAGAGGUUGAUCUUCGCCGGCAAACAGUUGGAGGACGGGCGUACCUUGUCGGACUACAACAUCCAGAAGGAAUCCACCUUGCACUUGGUACUCCGUCUCCGUGGUGGCAUGCAGAUCUUCGUGAAAACCUUGACGGGGAAAACCAUCACUUUGGAAGUCGAACCAUCUGACACCAUCGAGAAUGUCAAGGCCAAAAUCCAAGACAAAGAAGGGAUUCCUCCGGAUCAGCAACGUCUUAUUUUCGCCGGCAAGCAGCUAGAAGAUGGACGCACACUUUCCGACUAUAAUAUCCAGAAGGAAUCUACUCUUCACUUGGUUCUGCGUCUACGUGGUGGUAUGCAGAUCUUUGUAAAAACCUUGACGGGCAAGACCAUCACCUUGGAGGUCGAACCGUCCGAUACUAUUGAAAACGUGAAGGCCAAAAUUCAAGACAAAGAAGGGAUUCCCCCAGACCAGCAACGACUUAUUUUUGCCGGCAAACAGCUAGAAGAUGGUCGCACUCUCUCCGACUAUAAUAUUCAGAAAGAAUCGACCCUUCACUUGGUGCUCCGUCUUCGUGGUGGUAUGCAGAUCUUCGUAAAAACCUUGACGGGAAAGACCAUCACUCUGGAAGUCGAACCAUCCGAUACCAUUGAGAACGUCAAGGCCAAAAUCCAAGACAAGGAGGGGAUUCCCCCAGACCAGCAACGUCUUAUUUUUGCCGGCAAGCAGCUAGAAGAUGGACGCACCCUUUCUGACUACAAUAUCCAAAAAGAAUCCACCCUUCACUUGGUUCUACGUCUCCGUGGUGGAAUGCAAAUCUUUGUCAAAACCUUGACGGGAAAGACCAUCACCUUGGAGGUUGAACCGUCCGAUACCAUUGAGAACGUGAAGGCCAAAAUCCAAGACAAAGAAGGGAUUCCCCCAGAUCAGCAACGUCUUAUUUUUGCCGGCAAGCAGCUAGAAGAUGGACGCACCCUUUCCGACUACAAUAUCCAAAAAGAAUCCACCCUUCACUUGGUUCUGCGUCUCCGUGGUGGCAUGCAGAUCUUCGUGAAAACCCUGACCGGCAAGACCAUCACUUUGGAAGUCGAACCAUCUGACACCAUCGAAAAUGUGAAAGCGAAAAUCCAAGACAAGGAGGGGAUUCCCCCAGAUCAGCAGAGGUUGAUCUUUGCCGGCAAGCAGCUGGAAGACGGUCGUACCCUUUCCGACUAUAACAUUCAGAAGGAGUCGACGCUCCAUCUAGUGCUUCGACUCCGUGGAGGGCAGCAAUAGGCUUAUUUAUUACACAUACGAUGUUUACUUCAAACUAUAAAUGUAUUCUUCACAUUUUAUUUAAAAGGCUGAAUUUUUUUAUAUUUUUAAGUUUCAGAGUAAAAAUUUGAGUAAUAAAGGAAAGGUUUAGUUAA